AGUGGCUGCCAUAAGAACAUCAUUAUGUAUGUCUACCUAAGUUUACGGUUCGACAACACAUUAUUUUAUUGUCAAAAUGCAUUUUCCUAUGUAAUCAAUCAUUUAUGUCUGCUAAGUAGGUAAACGCCUCCUUAUAAAUAGAUCUAAACGUUUUUUCGCAAUACUUUGCUGAAGUAAGCCUAAUUAUGAAAACCUUUCGAUUACUCUGUUGCAUUUUAAGCAUUUUUUUAUUCUUUGACCAAAGUUAUGGGAUGACAAGACAGCAGUUAAAAAAUUCUGGCAAACUUAUGAAAAAAUCUUGCAUGCCGAAGAACGAUGUGACUGAAGAUGAAGUAGGUGACAUCGAAAAGGGAAAGUUUAUAGAAACGCGUAACGUUAUGUGUUACAUCGCCUGUGUCUACACCAUGAGCCAAGUGGUGAAGAAUAACAAACUAAGUUAUGAAGCGGUGGUCAAGCAGGUAGACGUCAUGUUUCCAGCUGAAAUGAGGGAUGCUGUCAAAGCAGCUGCUACUCACUGUAAAGAAACAAAACAAGUUGGGAGGAUAGAACAAGGAGUGUUCAUUGAAGACCGUAAUGUGAAAAAUGACAAACUCGAUAUGGCGCUCAUAACAAAGCAAAUUGACAUUCUUUAUCCUCCAGAACUCAAAGAGCCAGUCAAAAAGUCUGUUGCAGCAUGUUUCCAUAGCCAGGACAACUACAGUGACUUUUGUGAAGGAGUAUUUUACGCAUCGAAAUGUUUGUAUGAAAAGGACCCAGCCAGUUUCAUCUUUCCUUAAUGUAUUAUUCUACGGAACAUUAAGUACAUUAAUGUUUUUUGAAUUAAUAAAUGGAUAAAUAAUUUCAUUCUGUAAUUUUCAUAGUUUAUUGAUCGAGUAUAAAUACAAGUAUACUC